AUGAGCCUGGAACAAGAGCCGGCCGACGACGCUGGCCUCCGCGAAGACGAUGACCAUGACGACAACCACAGCAACAACGACUUUGCAGCUUCCAAGGAGGACGACGAGGACCCCGUCGACUCGCCCGCCAUCGCCCUGAAGACGAGCGAGAUCCUCGCCGCCUGCACCUGGCGAGAUGCCACGCGCCUGAGGGCCCUCGCCGAGUCCGACGGCGGCCUGCUCGCCGAUUCGCUGCGUCGGGCAGCCUGGCCUAUCCUGCUUGGAGCGUCCCCCCCUGCCGAGGAGAAGAAAGAGGUCGACAACGACAACGACGACGAUGACGGUCUUGCCUACACGGACGGAUCAAGUCUCGCCGCUGACGACGACGACUGGAGGAAUCUGCCCCGGCAUAGGGACGAAGAUCAAGUCCAGCUCGACGUCAACCGCUCCUUUGUCCACUAUCCAAGCGACCAAUCCGAACCGGAACUACACAAGCGCAAACGCGAACUAUCCGACCUCAUCGUCGAGGUCCUCCGCCGCCACCCCUACCUCUGCUACUUCCAGGGCUACCACGACAUCUGCCAGGUCUUCCUGCUCGUCCUCGAGCCCGCGGCGCGCGCGCCCCUCGUCGCCCGCCUCUCCGUCCUGCGCAUCCGCGACUUCAUGCUGCCCAGCCUCAGCGCCACCACCGCGCAGCUCAGGCUCAUCCCCGACAUCCUCGCCCGCGCGGACCCAGAGCUCCGCCGCCACCUCUCCAGCAUCGAGCCCUUCUACGCGCUCGCCGGCACGCUCACCAUGUACGCGCACAACAUUGAGCGGUACAGGGACAUUGCUCGAUUGUUCGACGUCAUACUGGCGCGGGAGCCUACAUUCUCCAUCUACCUCUUUGCCCAGAUCGUCAUCGACCGCCGCGAGGAGAUUCUCGAGAUUGACGAGCCCGACAUGCUCCAAGUCAUCCUCGGCAGGGUACCCCCCGAGCUGGACCUGGAUGGCCUCAUCAAGAGAGCCGUGAGCCUCUUCGUCGACCACCCUCCCGAAACCCUCCGGUCAUGGCGCCACAUUUCCAGCGCCAGCGUGCUCAAAACCUGCAGGGACGUCGAUGCGAGCACGCGGCAAACGCUCGAGGACGGACACCGCUUCUUCGAGAGGCAGGUCAAGGAGAUACAGUGGCAGGAGCUGCGGAUGGGCGUCAGGAGGAAGAUGUGGGUGUACAGGCGGCCCGUCCAGUACGUCGGCGCAGCCAUCAUGGUGGGAGUCGUGGCGUUUUAUCUUCGGCGGAACCCGUCUCUAGUCCAGUAUAUAUGGUCCUUUUUCCCGGGUGGACAUUGA